AUGGAGUCUCUCCGUUCCUCUAUCGAAGGCUCGCAACCGCCGAGCAAACGCCAGAAGAGAAAGACAGUUGCAUGUCGUCGUUGCCAUGACCAAAAGACAAAAUGUGAUGGCGAAAAGCCUUGUAAGAAUUGCUUGCAAGCAGACAAGGCUUGCGAAUAUCCAAUGCGGGAUAGAAAAGUCACUGUGAACGAGAGUUACAUACAGCAACUACUCGACGAAAACGAGCGUCUGAAGAGAAGCGUCAACGACGAUACUAGUCAUGAGGAUGUUACCGAGAUCACAAAUGCGGACGAUGAGAGGCGAGGAGAUAACCCUCUGAUCGAAAAAGAGGCUUGGUUCAUGCCUUAUGACCCCAGUCCUAUCUACAUUGGCGAAGCUGCUUGCACAGGCUUCUCAACACGAGUCCGACAGCUGCUCGUGAGUGUUGAAGCUGAAAAUCACAUCCCGAGAACUUCUUUCAUCAAAGAUAAUCAAUUGGAUGCCGCUCUGAACACGACCGCGCAAUGGCCAAGCAGACCCCAAGCUUUCCUCUUGGUCAACACUGCUCUCAGCACAAUUGGCAAGUGCUAUCAUCUGUCUCCCGCCUCUGCAGUACGCAACACUCUCGACCGUGCUUACCAAGACUUGCGAUCUCUCGAUCAGCUGGCAAUAUGUAAGCUGUUUGUCCUAUUCGCAUUAGGAGAGGCGUACUCGAUGAGAUCGCCGCUUGACAAUACUGGUGUGCUACCCGGACUGCACUACUUUGCGAGAGCCAAGACCAUCCUUCGAGUUGUUCCGGAACGCCCAAAGAUUGACCACAUCGAAAUUCUCGUCAUGUUUGCUUUGUACAAUUCUGUCAUGAACAGACGACACAGCGCUUUCCGAUACAUCGGUUCGGCCAUCAGACUAGCUUUAACGAUAGGAAUGUACCAAAACAUGGCAGAGCGACAGUUGCCGGAUAAAGCUGCUAGACAACGCAGAGUCCGUCUGUGGUGGACAAUGUAUGUUCUGGACCGGAUGAUGAGCUCCAAAGUUGGGUAUCCAACCCUUCUCAAGGAUGAGGACGUUGAGGUAGACCUUCCAAGCGAUGAUGGUCUGACUGAAGCACAAAAGGAUGACUUUAUCGAUGCCGACUAUCUCGUUGCUAGUAUCAGUCUAGCUCGUAUCGCCGGCGGUAUCAUCAGCAGCCUGUACAGCCGGAGAAAACAGCCUGACUCUUUUUCGCAACGAGUACAAGCCGUCUUCCGCAAGCUUCGAGAUUGGGUUGAGGCUUUGCCUCCAAGUAUGCAACUACGACAAGAAGAUGCUUCGAGUCAGGUUGCACGCCACAUUGUGAUGCUGCAUCUGUCUUUCAACCAAUGUGUCGUAUUGGCAACGCGACCCAUACUGCUUCACGUGUUCAGAAUCUCGAAUAAGAUUGGAGGCGCUACAGAAGAGAUCUCACAAGCUACCCUGGCGUUGGCAGCAACCUGUACCCAUUCAGCAGGUCACAGCUAUCGUUUGUUGAUGCGGAGUUGGUUGAAUGGCUCCUUCUUCACGCUUGACUAUCUCAGUGUCCAAUAUCUUUUCGCUUCGGCCACGAUUCUGGCAUUAUCGAGUCUUUCUGGCGACAGUCACGCGAAGUCACACCAGAAUGAUCUGGAGUCAGCUACCCAUCUUCUGCGUCAGCUGAGUAUGCUAGGCAAUUUGGCCGCGUCGGAGUUCUGUGGUCAUCUGGAUGCGGUACUUCGAUCCAUCGUCACGUUCAAAGCCUCAAGAGGUGAAUCUAGUGAAGCAUCGACCAUGGUUCAGGCUAGUCCUGCGGCUGGUCGUCCAGAUACCGUUACCACCGAGAUGGCAUUGUUUGGUCCUUUGGUCGGAGACUUCUUGACGCAGACGGAGAAUGAGCUCGGGGUACCUCUGCUUCUUGACGACAGCGCCCUGGAUUGGAGCGCAUGGGCUGGCGUUCUAGCCGAUCAGGAGCCCACACCUGGGCAUAUCAACAUUGGACUUUGA